GAAAAGAGCCAGAACGCCAAAGGCGAGAAUCCCAGGGUAUUGCCCACAUGGGUGUGAUCCCUUGAUAAUUGUCUAACAAAUUCAGCAUGCGUCCCCUGGGCAUGACCAUCUGCUGGGCACAGUUCCAUAACCCUGAGACAUCUUGGGAUUCCUGUGGUUUAGGAAAGACCUUUAACUACCAGCUGGUAGUUUUCUCAGCAUUCUUCAAAUAGUCCAGUCUUGUUUAUUAUUAUUUAAUUUCAUUUUAUUGCUGCUGUACUUGGAGAAUAGUCUGGUCUUGAGGCCUUUUCACUGUGGUCUGUUCUGGUGUAUGGCUCGCACCAGCGUGAAGCAGAAGGAUGACUUUGGUCUGUUGGUGGGACAGUCUUGAAAGAAGGAGCCAAAUGUGUGGAAGUCUGUGGGAAGAGAGAGCCACCUAGCAUGUCCCCACUGAACCAGUCGGCAGAAGGCCUUCCCCAGGAGGCCUCCAACAGAUCCCUCAAUGCCACAGAAACCCUAGGGGCUUGGGAUCCCAGGACCCUCCAGGCGCUCAAGAUCUCCCUUGCUGUGGCCCUUUCCAUCAUCACACUGGCCACAGUCCUCUCCAAUGCCUUUGUACUCACCACCAUCUUUCUCACCAGGAAGCUCCACACACCUGCCAACUACCUGAUUGGCUCCCUGGCCACCACCGACCUCUUGGUUUCCAUCUUGGUCAUGCCCAUCAGCAUCGCCUAUACCAUCACCCACACCUGGAACUUUGGCCAAAUCUUGUGUGACAUCUGGCUGUCUUCUGACAUCACGUGCUGCACGGCCUCCAUCCUGCAUCUCUGUGUCAUUGCUCUGGACAGGUACUGGGCAAUCACAGAUGCCCUGGAGUACAGUAAACGCCGGACGGCUGGCCACGCGGCCACCAUGAUCGCCAUCGUCUGGGUCAUCUCCAUCUGCAUCUCUAUCCCCCCACUCUUCUGGCGGCAGGCCAAGGCCCAGGAGGAGAUGUCGGACUGCCUGGUGAACACCUCUCAGAUCUCCUACACCAUCUACUCCACCUGUGGGGCCUUCUACAUUCCCUCGGUGUUGCUCAUCAUCCUCUAUGGACGGAUCUACCGGGCUGCCCGGAACCGCAUCCUGAAUCCACCCUCGCUCUAUGGGAAGCGCUUCACCACGGCCCACCUCAUCACAGGCUCUGCAGGGUCCUCGCUCUGCUCACUCAACCCCAGCCUCCAUGAGGGGCACUCGCACUUGGCCGGCUCCCCUCUCUUUUUCAACCACGUGAAAAUCAAGCUUGCUGACAGUGCCCUGGAACGCAAGAGGAUUUCCGCUGCUCGAGAAAGGAAAGCCACUAAAACCCUGGGCAUCAUUCUGGGGGCUUUUAUCAUCUGCUGGCUGCCCUUCUUCGUGGUGUCUUUGGUCCUCCCCAUCUGCCGGGACUCCUGCUGGAUCCACCCGGCCCUCUUUGACUUCUUCACCUGGCUAGGCUACUUAAACUCCCUCAUCAACCCAAUAAUCUACACUGUGUUUAAUGAAGAGUUUCGGCAAGCUUUUCAGAAAAUUGUCCCUUUCCGGAAGCCCUCCUAGUCUUAUUCGGUGAUGAUUCUUGUUAUCUUUUGUGUGCUGUAACCUAAUCAGGAUUGUCUUUUUUUAUUUUCUGAGACCUGGGUUAAUUCAUGAUAUAUUGAGUCUUGGUUCAAUCAACAGAAUUGUUCUUUGUUCUU